GCCGAUUGAAGGUCUUGAACACUUGCUGAUAAUUUAAACUAAAAUGUCUUUCUUGAGCAGCUCCUACACCCAGCGCAUUGCCAACCAUUCCAAUCCUGCAGCAAAGCGUCUGCUUUUUCUUAUGGACUCGAAGCAGACCAAUCUUUCGAUUGCAGCAGAUGUGUCUACAAAAGCCGAACUCUUGCAUAUUGCAGACACUCUUGGUCCAUACAUUUGCAUUCUCAAAACACAUAUUGAUAUUGUCUCCGACUUUGAUCAGGACCUCAUUGUCCAGCUUGUCGCUCUGUCGAAAAAGCACUCGUUUAUGAUUUUUGAAGAUCGCAAGUUUGCAGAUAUUGGCAAUACUGUCAAGCUGCAGUAUUCCAAAGGGAUUUACCAUAUUGCUGAUUGGGCUGAUAUCACCAAUGCUCAUCCAUUACCUGGAGAGGGAGUUGUGCAUGGAUUAAAAGAAGUUGGACUUGGACUGGCUGAUGAGACCAAUGGAGUGACAAGAGGUUUGUUGCUGAUUGCUGAAAUGUCAUCCAAGGGAUCGCUGGCUACUGGCUUGUAUUCGGAUGCUGCAGUGCAAAUGGCUUGCAGACACAGAGACUUUGUGUUUGGUUUUAUUGGCCAGAAUAGACUUGGAUAUCACAAGGAAUCUACAUCGAGUUGUCUAGAUGACUUUAUCUACAUGACACCUGGAGUUGGAAUGCCUGAAUCUGGCAGUUCCACUAUUGAUGGCGAUGAACUUGGACAGCAGUAUCGAACUCCUCAGCAAGUGAUUUUGGACAGCCAUUGCGAUGUCAUUAUUGUUGGCCGUGGCAUAUACGGUAGCAAGAACAUGGUUGAACGUGCCAAAGCCUUUAAAGAAGCCGGAUGGAGUGCAUACCAGCAACGCAUUCAUGCACUGAACAGAGCAUGAGCAGAGCAUGAGUUGGCUCAUCCACUACACGUACAAUCUAAAUAAAUAGCUAUUUGCUAAUCUGUGUA